AUGAGGUGGACCACGAUAAGUGUGGCAGUCGCUGUCCUCGGAAGCAGCGUCAACGCUGUCAGUUUUCCCAGAUCCAAGACCGGCAGAGGUUAUCUAUCCAUGCAUGUCGGCACUACCGAAAGAUCAAAGAACAAGCAACACGACAAGCGACAAGAUUCAGAUGAGGCUAUUGCAGUGCGACUAGAGAAUAAGGAUUUCUUUUAUACCACAGACAUCGAGAUCGGAACUCCUCCCCAGAAAGUAACCGUCCUACUCGAUACCGGAUCGAACGAACUAUGGGUUAAUCCGGAUUGUCAAGAAGCGCAAUCAAGUCUUCAGUAUCGUCAAUGUCUUGCCUUUGGUCAAUAUAAUCCCGACAAGUCAGAUACGCCACCCAUCGGCCCCUUCGGCGGCGAGACGCUCAACUAUGGCGAUGCUUCUGACUCGUCCACGCAUACGUCAGCUUCGAUAGUCUAUUUUACAGAUCAAUUCACCUUUGGAGACGAAGAACUAACCAACCAAACCUUUGGUGUCUUGGUAGAGAGUAAUGGCAUUAGCCAGGGCAUAUUAGGGCUGGCGCCAGACUUGAGAGGUGGCUAUGAUAGCAAUGAGCCUUAUAGUUUGUUGCUCACCUCAAUGGCUGACCAGGGCCUGAUCAACAGCCGCGUCUUUGCCCUUGAUCUGCGACAUUCCGACGAUACCGAGGGAGCUCUUAUAUACGGCGGCAUUGACCGCAGCAAGUACAUUGGCGAGCUGGAAACUGUCGAUAUUAUCAGAGGUGAAGGCGGCGAAUACCGUCUUGCUACUAGAUUGGACAGUCUCGGGGUGACAAUCAACGGCAGAACUUCCAACAUCCCUGUUUCGAGAUCUGACUCUAAUGUCAUGCUCGACUCCGGAACAACACUUUCCCGUAUGCACAUGUCUGUCGCGCGGCCUAUUCUGGAGGAACUCGGUGCUCAAAACGAUGGCGAGGGCUUCUACACGACCGACUGCCGAAAUAGGGACCUCGAUGCUACAGUUGAUUUUGGCUUCGGCAACAAGGUUAUCAAGGUCGCUCUUGGUGACUUUAUCCUUGAGCUAGGUCCUGGAUCAUGCUACAUUGGUCUCGUCCCUACCACCGACCAGCAAAUCCUGGGAGACUCUGUUCUACGCGCUGGAUACUUUGUUUUUGACUGGGAUAAUGAGAAGAUCCAUCUUGCUCAGGCUGCAGAUUGCGGCGAUGAGGAUAUUGUUGCUGUUGGUUCCGGCUCUGAUGCUGUGCCUAGUGAGACGGGCAAGUGUAAGAGCUCUGAUAUCACAGCCACCGGACGUGGCGGUGCUACUCGCACAGGGAACUCAUUCCCUACCGGGGCGUACACAACCACUUACACCAUCACUUCGUGUCCCGACUUUGAGCGCGAGUGCGUAACAGGCGUCGCGACAACGCAGACCUUUAGCGAACGCCCAACCGUCACCGUCACCUCUGGCGCAGGUGGCGACGGCGACGGCGAUGAUGAUAACGCCGCAUGGCAGCCCACGCCCCUGGGCUGGGUGUUUGCUGUGGUUGGCGGUUUUGCUCUUGGCCUGAACUUGGUUUAG